AUGAUUUUAUUGUUAUUAGGAAUAGUGAAUGCAUAAGGAAAUCAAAUUAACAAACUGAAUGAUAAUGCAAUAAUAUUGAAUCAAAGUAUUGUAUUAUUUUUAGGAAUAGCAUAGGAAAUAAAACAUUACGAUUUAUAGAUAAAUGAAAAAGCAAUGUUAUUUCAAUACCCAGAUGGAUCAAUUCUGAAAAGUACAAUAACUUCAAAUAACAAAACAUCCUUAUGUACAGUGACACAUGAUUAUAUCUAAAUAACAACAAAUAUGUCAAAGCAAAUAAUAAAAUAAGAUUAGGAUAUGUAUACAAAUUUGUCAGAUUAAAUUCUUGGAGCAAUUAACAAGAAAACCUCAAUAGUAUUAAUUACAGAAUAGAAUAAUUAUGUAGAAUUUGAUUUAAUAUCUUUGGAUAUUAUAAAUACAAUAGGGUUAAAUUAAUACAUAUUUCAGACAUAAAUAUAUUAAUCAGGAAUUUAUAGUAUUGAAACUAAUUUAACAAUUUUAUUUUAUGCAAAAUUAGUUCUAAUUUUAGAUGAAACAAACACAGUUGUAGCUUAGAAUAUCACUUAAAUAGAAAUUAAUAAAGUUCUAAGUAGUUUGGGUAAGUUAUAUGUGGCAAGUAAUAAAGGUUUAGUAGUUUACUAGAUAGAUAGAAAUAAUAAAUCAAUAAUUUAUUAAAAGACAAUAGAAGAGAAAUAAGUUAUUAUUGAUAUUGCAUUGGGUGGUGAGAAUGGUGAAAUAUUAUAUCUUUUAAAGAAUGAUGGAGUUCAUAUAUAUUAAAUAACAAGUGAUACAUAAUUUAAUUAGAAUUAGAAUAUAUCUUAUAUUCCAAUAGAAUAUGGAAUAUCAUUAGAUUAGAAUAAUGAUUAAAGUUUGAGUAUUUUGGUUCGUCCUUAGAAACAUGUUAUAUUCAUUGAUAUUGAAAUAAACUUUGAUAAAGGAGUUUGGUUUUUGGAGAGUUAACAUAAAGUUAAAAUAAAUGCUGAAAAAGUUUAUAUUAAUGAUAAAUAUGCAAUCUUAAAAGGUGUAGAUACUCAUAAUAUAAUAAGACAUUCAUUACCAAAUAUAUUCACUGUAUCAAUAUAUAAAAUAUUAUAGAGAAUAUUUAAUAAUUAUCCCUUCAUAUUAUCAAAUGCAGUAUUAUUAGGAUUUCAUGAAGUAAAUAUUGAAGAAAAAGGGGAUACAAUUCAUAAUUGGUACAAGAAUCAAACAAAGAAUAUGUUAUUUGGAGUUGAUACUAAUUAAAUAGUAUUAUAUAAAUGGUAAAAUUUUUAAGGUUAAAUAAAUUGUAUAACUGAUGAUGAAUAAUUAAUAGGUUAGGUAAUUGUUAAAUUGAUAAUUAAGAUUUUUGUUUAUGAUGUAUAAGCUACUUUGAGUGAAUGCAAUGAAAAGAAUGAAUAUAAAGAUGAGAUUAUAAGUAAAGAUUUAAUAGUUUGUGAAUUUGAAACAAAAUUAUAGAUUAAGAUAAUUGAAGAUCAUUUAUCGUAUUAAUAAAAUAUUUUGGUUAUAAUUUGUAUAGCAUUAGGAGGAGCUUUUGUUCUUAGUGUAGUUAUUUUUGUAUGUUAUCGAAAGAAAACUUAAUUUAAAUUAAUAUAAUUUAAAGAAUAAAUAAAAAAAUAUGAGAACUUUUAAGGUGAGGUGAAUAGUGAAUCUCAUGGGACAAGAUAAGCAACUCCUCAUCCUAAUGAAGAUAAUAAAUUUAGAAUUGAUGAAGAUGAUUAAUGA